GAGGUGCCAACGAUGGCUGUAGAGAAAGUCUUUGUGUACAACAACACAUCCAUUGUGCAGGAUGAAAUUCUAGCUCACCGCUUGGGCCUCAUCCCUAUCCGAGCUGACCCUCGACUCUUCGAAUACAGAAACCAAGGAGAUGAAGAAGGCACAGAGAUUGAUACUCUGCAGUUCCAGCUGAAAAUAAAAUGCAGCCGAAACCCUCAGGCAGCCAAGGAAUCAUCUGAUCCUAAUGAAUUAUAUUUCAAUCACAAAGUGUACAGUAAACACAUGACGUGGGUGCCCUUGGGGAAUCAGACAGACCUCUUUCCAGAUGCUGACUUCCGACCUGUUCACGAUGACAUCCUCAUUGCACUGUUGCGGCCUGGCCAGGAAAUAGAUGUGCUUAUGCACUGUGUCAAGGGUAUAGGUAAAGACCAUGCCAAGUUUUCUCCUGUGGCCACGGCUAGUUACCGACUGCUUCCUGACAUUACUCUCCUGCAGCCUAUUGAGGAUGAGGCAGCUGAGCUGUUGCAGAAAUGCUUUUCCCCUGGAGUCAUUGAGAUCCAGAAUAUCAAGGGAAAAAAGGUGGCAAGAGUAGCCAAUGCACGGUUGGACACGUUCAGCAGAGAAGUUUUCCGUCACGAGGGCCUGAAAAACCUUGUGCGCCUGGCAAGAGUGCGAAAUCAUUACAUCUUUUCAGUGGAGUCGACGGGUAUCUUGCCUCCAGAUGUGCUGGUGAGCGAAGCCAUCAAGAUCCUGAUGGGAAAGUGUCAGCGCUUCCUGAAUGAGCUGGACUCUGUGCCUAUGGAGUGACCAGGCUGUAGCUGGGAAGCAUAUCCCUGCACUGCUGGUCUGGGCUUCCUGCACCUGCCUGCAGGGGCGAUUCGUCUUCUGUGGCAACGAGGUUUGAGAUGGGCUUGUUAAGUCCUAGGUCCUAGGACCAUCUCUUUGAAUUUGUUUGCCAUUGGUAAUGAGCCUUAGUGAGGAGAUGCACUAAAAUAAAGGCUUUUCUUUAC